AUGGUGCAUCGACUCAAGCUGUCAAUCUCCGCCCAGAACGACGAGGAUAAAGUUGCUGAGGAGGUCACGCGGCUGGUUGAUAAUGGUCGAUGGCAGUUGUCCGAUGGGAAUGCACUCGAAGGGGUGUUCAAGUUCAGGACUUUCAAGACUACUUGGGAGUUCAUGAACAAAGUGGCGGAAAAGUGCAAAGAGCAACGGCAUCACCCUGAAUGGACUAACGUCUUCAAUCGUACGGCUAUCAAGUGGACAACGCAUACGCCGCGUGGAUUGUCAUUAAAGGACACAUACAUGGCAAAGUUCUGCGACGACGUUGCCGAACAUCUUGGCGAGCAGUACGAGGCUGACAAGCCGAAAGGUGACGAGACCUUGAAGGUUUGUAGCAUCGACGCGGCAGGAGAUUGCUGUGCAAGGAAGGAGGGAUCGAAAUAG